AUGGAAGGAAUCCGUGUGUUUAUCCCAGAUGAGGAAUUUGUAUGGGUGCCUGCCACUGUCCUAUCAGUCGAUGCGAGUGGAAAAAUCUUCCGCGUGCGUGUGGAUUCGCUCCCUCACACUCCCGACUCAAGUUACGAGCAAGAUACACCCGCAGAGGAGCGUAUCAUUGACCUAAACAAAGAUGGUAUGCCUGACUCACUGCCACUACAAAACAGUGAGCAGUAUGAUAACGCAGCUAAGACGCCGCAUAGUGUGGGUGCUGAGGAUAUGUGUGAGCUGGGCCAUCUCCACGAGCCCGCAAUCGUCUACAACGUACGCAAGCGAUUUUACGCCAAGGAGCCAUAUACUUAUACGGGCAAGAUCGUCGUAGCUGUGAAUCCGUAUUGUUGGAUCAAAGAGCACUAUUCAGAGGAGCUACGGGACCAAUAUACACAGCAGCCAUGGGACGCAAUGCCGCCUCAUGUGUACGCGACAAGUGCUGAGGCUUAUAAUCACAUGAAGCAGCACUGUAUUCCACAGAGUAUUCUCGUUAGUGGAGAGUCUGGUGCAGGUAAGACAGAGACGGUCAAGAUUAUGAUGGAACAUCUCGCAAGUAUCUCGAUGGGUAUUGCCAAAAAAUUGCAUCCUACUGAAAGGGGAGAAAUCAUUGUAGUAGAAAAAGUGUUGAAGAGUAAUUCGCUACUAGAGGCCUUUGGUAACGCCAAGACGAUCCGGAAUGACAACUCCAGUCGAUUUGGAAAGUUCACGCAGCUUCAGUUUAACAGUGACUACUGUCUCGUGGGUGCCGAAUGUCGCCAUUAUUUGCUGGAAAAGUCGCGUGUUGUGGCUCAGGCUGCAGGCGAACGCAACUAUCAUAUCUUCUAUCAGCUGGUUAGCGCCAAGGAGGAGACGUUCGGCUUCAGCGAUGACACGUCAGCAAUGGAUUUCCGCUUCUUACAGGAUGAGAAGCUCACGCUGGACGGAAAGACUGAUCUGGAGCGAUACCAGGUGACCCGCGACGCGCUGACAACUAUUGGACUGAGCGUGAAGGAGCAAAACGAGCUUUUUAGUGCCCUCUGUGGUAUCUUGCAUCUCGGUCAGCUUGACUUUGUACCGUUGGAGUCCAACAAGGACGAUGCAAGCCAAGCUGUGGCUUCCCUAAAAGCAUCAUCACUUUCGGGGACUGUCGCAAAUGAGCAGAUUGAACAGCAAAAGAAGGAGAUCGAGCAGUGCGCAAAGCUUCUUGGUGUGGAGGUGGCAGCACUAAGCAAGCAACUUUGUAGUCGCACUGUCAAGGCAAGGCAAGAAGUGUAUUGCGUGCCCUUGUCAGCUCAUCAGGCCGGCAACAAUCGCGAUGCUUUAGCAAAAGAGAUUUAUGCGCGAGUAUUUGGCUAUUUGGUUCGCAGAGUGAAUCAUAGUAUUUCAAACUCGGCGGCCAGAGACGCUCUAACACCUUCGUAUCUACACAUUGAUUUGCUGGAUAUCUUUGGUUUUGAGUCAUUCAAGCACAACAGUUUUGAGCAGUUUUGCAUUAAUUUUGCGAACGAAAAGCUCCAGCAAAAGUUUACGAUGGAUGUCUUCAAGACGGUGCAGGAAGAGUACCAACAAGAAGGUGUGGCUUGGGAGUUUAUCGAAUACCGUGACAAUCAAGACAUGCUGGACCUUUUGGAGAAUUCAAUGGGCGUGAUGGCGCUGCUCAAUGAGGAAUGUGUGCGUCCAAUGGGUAGCGACCUGUCAUUUGUAUCCAAGCUGGUGUCACUGCGUGAGUCACACCCGCGUCUUGAGAGAGCCCGUCUGAGUCAAAUGCACUUCCUGCUUCACCACUAUGCGGGUCCUGUGACAUAUGACGCUCAAGGUUUUGUCGAGAAGAAUAAGGAUUCGCUCCAGACUGAUUUGUUAGAGUUGCUGGGCUCGAGCUCAAACGGUUUGAUGUCAAUGGUAUUCGGUGACGGUGACAACACUGCGUUCAUGACGGACGCAGAUUUGGCCGUUCGUGCCGUAGCCAUGAUGGAAUCGGGGCCGCGUAGUACGGGUAGUCGAAAAACAUCAACAUUUAUGCAAGAAACUGUGAGCUACAAGUUCAAGGCGCAGUUAUUGCUACUGAUGGGUGACAUCUCCAGCACCGAGGUGCACUACGUGCGCUGCAUCAAACCAAACUCGCAGAAGAGUCCUAGUAUCUAUGACAUCAAUGCGGUCGUGAAUCAGCUUCGUUGCGCCGGUGUCGUUGAAGCUAUUCGCAUUACACGCGCUGCAUUUCCUAACAAGAUGGCACAUGAAAAGUUUCUGCGUCGAUUUGUGAUGAUGAGAAGCACUAAAACACGUGCAUCUGCGUCUACAACUGUUACUGAAGCGUGUGAACAACUUGCCAAAGAGUUGUUGAGUGGCGAAGAUUUUGUUCGAAUGCAAGAAGGCCCUGAGCAUACUAGGGGGCCAACUUUUAUUGUGGGAAAGAGCCUGGUCUACUUCGGCAAAGACGUGCUGGAGUUUCUGGAGCACAGGCGAACGACGUUCGCGCACGAUCGAGCGAUUGUGAUUCAACAAAAUGCACGUCGAUGGAUGGCAAGGCGAAGAAUGAAAAAGGUCCGCAUCAUGAUCACUAAAAUUCAGGCUCUUCACCGCUGCCGGAUGCAACGACUUUCAUUUCUAGAGAAGCGGAGGAAGUGUAUUGUUGUGCAGAGUGUAUGGCGUGGAGUGCGCUCUCGCCAGCAUUUGUAUCUGAUGAUGAAGCACGAAAGCGCGAUCAAGGUCCAAACUAUGUACCGCAAAUAUCUUUCGGAAAAGAAGUUUGCCGAGUUCCGUUCUGCUGUCAUUAAGAUCCAGUGCACGCUCAAGAUGAGGAAGCAGGUGAAUAAGUACCAUAAACUUCUGUCGGAACGGAAGGAACAGGAUGCUAUGGAAACCGAGGUAGAUCUUCUAAAACACCGCCUCGAGGACGAAAAACGUGCCCGCCUAGAAAUUGAAGCAGAAAACUCGUCGUUGCAGCAGAAGUUGAACCAGGUUCGGAACUCCUCUUUGCUUGAUACUAAUAACAAUAUUUACGAGAGCGAAGCUCCAGCCAUGUCCCGGUCGAGCCGAAUAGAGCGGGAGUCGAUCGAUGAUGGCAAGCUGCUCGACGAUUCGGAGCGCAUGAUUGACUACCUGCGAAAAGAGGUUACCAAGGGCCGUGAGCUAAUUCAAAUUUUGUCCCAGGAGAAUGAAAACCUGAAGUCUGAAAACAAGAAAAUUAAGGAUGCAUACACCGCCGCUGGUGCAUCCUUCGCUGCACUCAAUCAGCACAACAAGCAGCAAUCAAAAGCCAACCUGCGGCUCAUGAGCACCCACGCUGCUCUAAUCAAGUCCCAGGAGGAGAAAAUGAGAAAGUACAAGAAGCAGGUGGCAGAGUUGAAGGAGGACUUGCGGAUGCAGCGUUCUGUGUACUCUGCAGAGCUCAAGGCCCGUGUGCAGCAGCAGGAUGUGCUGAUCGAGAUUAUCAAUCUUGCACAAUCUGAUGGUGUCUCGAAGGAUCUGUUGGAGCGCAUGAGAGCGAUAGCCGUGGACUCGAGGCCCUCGUUUGACAAUGGCCCGCGAAGUAGUGAUCACCGCUCUCCGUAA